GACAAAAACUUUAAUUUCGNAAGUGUCUCGCUGAAAGUGACAUACCCCAAAUUCAAGAAUGGCGAAGCAACUGUGCGGAACCGCAAGAUUGAGCCAAACUUUGGUAUUUAACCACCAUUCAUCCAACAGUUAAAAUAGCUUUCUAAGUGUCAUUCUACUUUUUUUGUUUGAUACUUCUUCAAAAAUUAUUACCUUGUUUUUGUUCAAUGAACAUUUAGACUAUGUUGGAGAACUCUUCAAGUUUUACAUGACCCUAAGCAAACAGCAACUUCAAGAUGCAUGCAAUGACAUGAACAAAAUGGUUCCUCAGCCAAUGAACAGCACGCUGGAUAAACAACCCAGGGAAGAGGCCAUCAGGAUGAGAGAAAAGAGGAUGAACAUGGUUACAACCGCUAUUCCCCCCACAGCACCAUCUGGUAUGUUUUUUGGAACUUGA